AAAUGAAAGCACUAAAAUUGGGGUAUGACAGAGAAGGUGAUUUGUUACCGUUCAUUGCUGGAGACACCCCAGAGCCUUAUGAAACCCUUGUUGAAGUCAACAGAAAGAUUCCCGUUGACUUGAUGGAAAGUUUAUGACCGUCAACACUAAGAAUGAUAGAGAUCUUUAAGAUUAUCUCAUCUCUCUUGGUGUUUAAACUGGCUUUCUUCUUUGCACUUUUUUUUUUUGCUGAUUUCCAGGACUUUAGUAUUACAACUUAAUACCAGAGAUGAGCUUCCUCAGAAUAAGAGUUUCUGUGCUGAAAGUGCCCCGUAGCUUCGCAGUGAGACCAGAGACUAGUGAUGAAUCUCUAACGUGUUGUAUUUUUCUGCUGCCUGGUGUCCUUUUUGGCUAGAAGUCAACUGAGAGAGCGAGUGGACGAUCUUAUUUUCCUAGGGAGCACUAGGAUGCAGGCUGAGGCAUUGAGCCACGGGUGCAGAGACUUGCUUUGGGCACGUGUUCAAAUGCCUCUUGCGCAGCGUCGGCCACAUCAUUCCCGCUCAGAGAGACUGACAUGCUUUGGUCAUGCGAACUCCACGUGCCACCUGGACUUGCAACACACGGUAACCCGGACUUUGUGCAGCAGGGGAAAAGCCUGACGUUCCUGAAAAUGGCAGCAGAGACAUGCACGGAAGUUCCAAAAACUGCUAGACAAUUCGUCCUUAAAGAAGAGGUAAUAGUAGAACGAAAAUGGCUGAAGCUUGAAGAAACAACUUACACGGAUCCCUUUGGUAAAACCAGAACUUGGGAAACUGUAAAGCGUACUGGCAACAAAAAGGGUGUUACAGCUGAUGGUGUAGCAGUGAUCGCUGUACUACAGAGAACUCUCCAUUACGACUGCAUUGUCCUAGUGAAACAGUUCAGGCCCCCAAUUAACCGCUAUUGUUUGGAAUUUCCUGCAGGCCUCAUUGAGGAAAGUGAGACUGCAGAAAGUGCCGCGCUGCGAGAGUUGGAGGAAGAAACUGGGUACAAGGGGGAGGUCGUCGAAUGUACUCCAGCUCUCUGCUUGGAUCCGGGUUUGUCAAACAGCACGACGCACAUCGUGAGCGUCACCAUUAACGGAGAUGAUGCUGAGAAUACAAGACCGAAGCAAAAACUUGAUGAUGGAGGUACGUUACAGCUCACAGUGACAAAUUUGUGGAAGUUAUUUCGCUUCCAAAGAAUGACCUACUGCAAAGAAUUGAUGAACUCGUAGCAGAAGAACAUCUUGCAGUGGACGCCAGGGUUUAUACUUAUGCACUGGCCCUGAAACAUGCAACAGAAAAACCGCUCCAAGUGCCUUUUAUGAAGUUCUAAACCUGGACAAUGAGAAAUUUAGUUGAAAACUGACAAAUUUAGAUGGUUUAGAAGUAUAACUCCUCUUGUAAUAAAAGUCCUUUGCUUUACUUGUAGAGGAAAAAAAGUAUUUGUAGGAAUGAUUCUGAUAUUUUUAUCUGGAACUAUGUAACCGACAACUGACUUCUAACUACUCAGUUUAUCAAGCCUUGAUGGAAUAAUCAUAAUAAAAAUGCUGUUUAAUUUUCAGAA